AGCUUUCACGCUCCAUAAAAUUCUCUCCUGGCACGAGUUUGAUUCCAUAUGCUCAAAACUUUCUCAUCUCCGGCAGGAAUUUAAAUUUUCAGAUUUUUCUUCAAAACUAGCUUUUUCAUAGUGUGAUCCCCCCCCCUGAGGAGGGGCGGACCAGGUGCAAGAUUCACCAUGAUGACCGGCAAUCUUUGUCUCCUCUGUUUACACCUGGUCGAAGAAAGUGGUGUUGAAAACCCCACGAGGAAAAUACAAAUCGCAACCCUGUGCGAAUUAAUAGCUCCUUCUCGUCACAAUCAAAACAAUCCAAUUUCUUAUCAAGGUCUAUUUGAUGAGAGCGAGACUUGCGAAUUCUGCUUGAAUUGUUGUUCUGUUCUGGAAGAAGUGGAAAAAAUACGUCAACAAAUUUCCAUCUUGGAGAGUCAAGUUGAGAGGAAAGUUAGGCAGAUAAAAGAAACAAUUUCGAACUGUUCGUCUUCUUUCCGUGGGGAUGAGGGGGACACGAUUUUUGAAAUUAGGACCCGUAUACUUCAAGCGACAAGUUCAGGAAAGGUUCCCAUCUUGCCGGACGAUAAUUUCUUGACACACGAAUUUCAAGUCAAAGUAGAACAAGAAGUAAAUCAUGACGUCGAUGACCAAUUCUUUGAUGACAAUAAUUCCUACGGGGAGGAGGAGACGACUUUGAAUUAUGAGCCUAGUCUAAAAGUAGAAGACGAUAUUGAUUCACUUGAGGAUGACGAUUCUGACUUUUGCAUCAUUCCACAUUCGCAAAAAAAGUCGAAACGUGUCGCAGCCAAGGGUAGAAAGUCAAAAACGAAGACAUCACUACGCACUAGGAAACGGUCCCUCUCACCGGAAGUUAAACAACCUAAACGUAUAAAACGUGAACCUCGGCCAGUUUUGGAACGGACACGAUCUUCUCCCCGCAUAAAGAGUAUUGCUCCUCCUCCUCCUUCUCCAGCAAAAAUUCCCAAAGUCAAGAAACCUAUCAAAAAAACUCUCGAGCUUAAGUGCACCGUGUGCGACGCCACUUUAUCCACUCAUUUUGCCCUUACUCUCCACAUGCAGCGAACUCAUUCAUCGAUCUCAUGCCACGUGUGUGACGCCAAGUUUAACAUGAUGAAGGACAAGGUCGCCCACAUGAGACAAAUCCACAACAUUGGUGCGUAUCAUUGUACCAUCUGCGGAAGCAACUUUAAUCGCCAACACAGACUUCUGGCGCACAUGUUCAUCCGCCACGAAAAUGGAGAAAAGAAAUUGUCCUGCCCUAAAUGCGAAAAGGGUUUCGCCCUGGAGGAAAAUUUUAAGCGUCAUUUAGAACUGCAUGAAUUCGACGAGAUCAAACCGGUCGUGUGCGACGUGUGCGACUGCAGAUUUGAGAAUGAGGAACGACUCCAGACCCAUAUGAAUUCUCAUUUGCCAAAGUACCGGUGUGAGCAGUGCGGGCAGAGAUGUCAAUCUGUACAAAUGUUGGCAAGACAUGUGCGCACCCACACGCGUGAAAUGGGAGAGAAAUGUUCCAUAUGCGAUGCUCCCUUUCGCGACAAACUAACUGUGGACCGACACAUUGCUAAGGAGCACUCCAACACCCCUGCAUCACAUAUUUGCCACAUUUGCGGGAAGGCAUUCUAUCUUCCCUGCGAUCUCAAGAACCAUCUUGACCGGCACGCGGGGAAGUAUCAAGCUGUCUGCGAUACCUGCGGGGAAACAUUUAAGUAUAAAAAUACACUUGAGGCACAUCGCGUCAAGAUGCAUGGCGCUGAUCCAAUAAUUUGUGACGAGUGUGGGGCAUUAUUCGGCUCACAGCAUAUGUUAAAACGUCACAAGGAGAUUCACACGGGAAUUAAGCCGUUCAAAUGCGAUUUUUGUGACGCCCGUUUCCUCAGAAGUCAAACCUUGCGGGAGCAUCUCAAAUCACAUUCGGGAGAACGACCUAACCCCUGUCCCCACUGCGAAAAGUCGUUUAAAACGAAAAACCAGAGGAGAGAACAUGUUAAUCGGAUACACAACCCAAGCUUUGUGAGACCCACGCCCCACAAGUGUCCCCACUGCGAUAAAGCCUUCCCACGUAAGUCUUAUCUCGACGGUCACAUCCGUUCCGCCCACACGGGUGAGAGGCCCUUCAUCUGCGAAGAGUGUGGAACUGGGUUCGUGCUACAGACGAUGUUAAAUCAGCAUUUGAAGGUGAGUCAUGGUGUGGGAGUGACGACAGAGAAGAAAGAAAGAUUGCCUAGAUCAAAGAGAGAGGUUGUGGAGGCGACGGAGGACGGAUCAUGAUUCGGAGUGGAGUGAAGCAGUUUAUCGAACAAAUUCUUGAUAACUAAUUUUAGGUGACUAAAUACAACUAAUAGUUGUAAGUUUUGGUAAUUUUUUAUACCACCAUUCGUGACCUAUAUUUUAGAAAUAUGUAAAUAUUGUAAUCAUCGUAAAUGUCGGAUCUCUUGGUGAUUAAGUGAACGUCUGUGUGCCCAUGCAUAACAUGGAAAGAUGGAAAUGGUACAAAAUAACUAAUAAAUUUAUAGGCGAGGUUGAAA